GGCUACACGUCGUACGAUCGCAUUUGUGUUGAUCAUAGAAUUUGCAUUGUUUUGUGCACUCUACAUGAGUGGCCUUAGGAUAACACGGAAAACGAUGGAAAGAUGCCGUGCGGACAGGGCAAUUUCAGUUGGACAAAUAAGAGCACAGGGUCUUCCUGCAGAGACGAAGACUACAAAUUUACAUUCAUUGAAAAUGCCUGAUUUUCGUGCAAUGAAAAGUGUUCUUUUGUUCAUUGGAUAUCCACGCAGUGGGCACACUCUUGUGUCAGCCCUUCUUGAUGCUCAUCCCCAUGUAGCAUUAGCCAAUGAGUAUGAUCUCUUCUAUAAAUGGUCGAUGUUCACGGAAACUCAAAAGCGAGCGAAAUUCAUCUAUAGUGAACUCUAUCGCAGUUCUGUUGAUGCACCGACAUCCAGGGAUGUUGAUAAGGGAAACGCUGCGUGGAACUACUCAGUGCCGCAUCAAUGGAAUGGUCGAUAUGAUCAGUAUGUGGAGGUUAUUGGUGACAAAAAAGGUGGAGGCACCACAAGAAUGUUGAGUAGCGUCCGCAGCACUGACGUUGUAGAUGAGCUCAAGAGAGCAGUCAAUGUUCCAGUCCGAUUCUUGCAUGUCAUUCGUAAUCCAUACGACAACAUAGCGACUAUGGCAAUACGAUCUGUGGUCAACAGAAAGUUCAUAUCUGAGGGCAAAGUAUUAAAUGACACCGGGUUGGUUGCAAAGGCAAUCAAGAGUUACUUCAGUCUUGUCAAACAAAACGACGCAUUACGAAGUCACCUCAAACCAUUGGACGUGCAUAGUGCAGACGUAACAAGAAACCCACGACAAGCACUCAAGCAAAUUUGUGACUUCGUAAACAUCACAUGCAACGCGGAGUACCUGAAGGACUGUGCUAGCAUUGUAUUUGCUCGACCGUCAAGAACGAGAGAGAACGUAGUGUGGACUGCGGGAAUGAAAGCAAAUGUUGAGCACAAUCUCAAGAAAUACGCGUUCUUGUCACGAUAUAGUUUUGACACAGAUUGA